AACGCGACGUACUAUGGGAGUUGAGUUGAACUGCCCGGUGACACGCGAUUCACAUAAGUCAUACCCAUCACUACUACAAAAUAAAAGGAGGAAUUUAACAUAAAACUAGAUACUAUAGUAAUUUUAUAAAUGCGAAAGCUUAGAUAGAUGGAUGUUUUUGUUUGUUGUUUUUUUUUAUCAAAUUGCUGAAUGAAUCUGGGAGAAUACACGGGCUUUUAAUUUUUUUCGUUUUCGCGUUUACGGAGUUGCGGGGAAAGCUACAAGGUUUUACAUGUUUUUUUUAUUUACAAAAAAUAACGAAUCCGUUUUUUUCUCAACAAAUCAAAGAAUCGAUUUCAACAUUCGCUCUAUAAUUUAAUUGCAUCUGUGCAUUAACUGUCAGUUCAGUUUGACAGUAUAAUUUUGGUAUAAUUUGUUUAUUUACUAGAAAAACGUAAAAAAUUAAACAACCCGUAUAUAACAAAUGUUAUAAAAAUGGAAAAAAGAUACGGCAAAUGUCGAUUUUGUGUAGAAAAAGGGGAGCAUCAAGAUCUUUUUACGGAAUAUUUGUCUAACGGCAAUAAAGAAAUCUAUAUGGACAUCAUUAUGGAUUGUUACAAUAUAUACUUAUCAACCAAUACAACGCAGAGUUCCCUGAUCUGUUCAUCAUGUGUAGAACACCUCAGGAAUGCGAACAAAUUCCGUAUGAUGAUAUUAGACUCGGAACAACAACUUUUAAAUGCAAUUACAGAUAAAGAAACAGUUUUUAUAAAUGUUCCAGCAAGUUCUCAUCCUUUAGAAGAGUUUGAAAGCAUAAAGACAGAGGAUAUUAUCGAUGUGAAAAUUGAGAAUGAGGACCAGGAGUCUAUGGAUUUUGAUUCAGAAUAUUUUGCGGAUAAUAUUGAAGAUAUUUGUGAUAUUUCAACAAAAGAUAUAGAAUCAGAGGUACUUUUAACUCCAGAAGCAGCGCUUAUAGCCAGGUUCCCGAGGAAUGAACUAAAACUACCAACACGACAAUCUUUAAAAACAACAUGCCCUGAAUUCUUCAAACAUCUCGAAAUGUUAAAAGAUAAAAUAGUCUUACCUAGAAUGAUAGCAAAACUUCUAGAAACAGAUCCAUCUCCGGUUAAAAAAAGGAAACUCUAUAUAUCCGAGAAAAUGGGUUAUUUAUUGAACGCAGCGUUAUUACUAGAGAAUAGUAACGCUACACCGUUCAAAAACAGAAAUUGUUCCGGAUUCCCGUGUUAUUAUUGUAGAAAAUUAUAUGAAAAUUUGGAUAAAUUACGUGAACACAUAAAACAACAUAAGAAAAAAGAAAUAAAAAAGAUACUAUCAACUUUUGGUGCGGAAUAUUUCGUAGUUUACGUCGACGUUACUGAUUUAAAAUGUACAAUAUGUGAUGAAAAAGUGUUAAAUUUGAACGAUUUAAAAACGCAUCUAAUAAAAAAACAUAAUAAAAAAUAUAAUAAUGAAUACACAGAUAGGGUUAUACCUUUCAAGUUAUCAGAAGAUAAUAUAUUCGAGUGUCAAGUUUGUGGUUUUAAUUUCGAGACUUUCGGUUCUAUAGAACGUCAUAUGAAUGUGCAUUUCAGGAAUUAUGUGUGCGAGGAAUGUGGUUCCGGCUUCAUAACUAAAUAUAGACUUCGAGUUCAUACAAAAUCAUUACAUGAAUCUGGUAAUUAUCCUUGUGAGAUAUGUAAAAAGGUAUAUACAACUGCACAGAAGUUGAAAAACCAUAUAUCAGCUGUGCAUAUGAGUUUAAAAAGGUUUAAAUGUCCGCAGUGUCCGGAAAGAUUCUCUGAAUAUUUUAAAAGACAUAAACAUUUAGUUGACGUCCAUGGUAUGACUCCGUUGAAAUACAAAUGUAAUGUUUGUGAUAAAUCAUUUGAUAGAAGAUAUUCUUUGUCUCGACAUUUAAAAAGAGAUCAUUUAGAAGAGAGGGAUUUUCAUUGUGACUUAUGUACUUAUUCAUGUUUUACAAAUAAUGAAUUGCGAGUACAUAUGAUAAAACAUAAUGGUGAAAGAAUUUAUGAAUGUACUGUGUGUAAAAAGUCAUAUGCGAGGAAAAAAACAUUAAAAGAACAUAUGAGAAUACAUAAUAAUGAUAGAAGGUUCGCUUGUGCUGUUUGCGGACAGGCUUUUGUACAAAAAUGUAGUUUAAAAGGUCAUAUAAAGACGCACCAUUUAGAAUAUAGUAUGCAGUGAGUUCUAGAACAUUCUCAUAACUCAAAUAAUAUUAAGGUUAUACAGAAAUUAGUAUUGUGUUAACAAUCUUGAAAUGUUUGUAGAGAUAGUAUAGAAAUAAAAUAGU